AUGCUCGUGGUAAUUUUCAGCAUCAUCGCAAUAGCAAUCGAGUCGACUGGCCUAAUAGGCGCCUAUAUGGAAAGCUAUUGUCUAUGUAUGACAUACUGUGUUAUAUUGUGUUUUCUAUCCGUACUAUCGGUGGGAAAGGUGUUUGUGAACCCGCGAUAUAUCGGUUCACUUCUGUAUAACCUGUGUCUGUCAUAUCUGGCCUAUUCACUGGCCAUGGAUUGCGAGGAAAAUCGUAAGGAGGGUCAGGUGCGGAUCGUCCACUCAAAUGGUGUGAACAACCCAUUCACCCGUAUCGAUGAGCCCUCCACUCAAAAUUCAACCAAAAAUUUAACCUAUGCUUUGUGCAAGAAGUGGACCCUUUUUGCGGUAAAUGUGAUCCUGGUGCUACUCACCAUAGUGGCAGUCAGUGUAAUGCUGACCUAUGUAUUGGCCCAAAAGGACACCUCAAACACGGAUACCAUUUAUUAUAUCAAUGAUGACCACAAGCAACUAGGUCAAAUCGCGUACCCCUCGAUUCUGAUUAUCGGCGGCACUGUGGAGGUCGCGGUGCUGGCUAUGGGAGCGGUGGGCGCCUAUAGGGAGUCCUACUGCCUAUGCAUGGCUUACACUGUAAUACUGGCCAUUUUUGCGGUCUUAUCCCUGGACGAGGUGUUUGUGAACGUACGGUAUGUCGGGAUGUUGGUCAUAAACCUGGCCCUCGCAUACCUGGCCUUCUCGUUCGGCACCGAUUGCAGACUCAACGCCCGCACUACCAGUCCUACCAGUCCUACCGGUGCGGUCGGCGCUCACAACCCGUUCAUUGUGUUGGACGAGGAGUCCAAUGAAAAUCUCACCAAAAACUAUAAUAUGGUCUAAAAGUUUGAGUUUUUAAUUUGCGCUCAAACUCUGAUUUUUGCUUAA